CGCCCGAUUGUAGCUUUCAGUAUUGAAGAUAGAACAGUAGAAAAAAUAAAGGAGAAACGCAAAGAAAAAUCCAAACUUAACAAUCCAACUUUCAAAGAAAAAUUAGAAAAACAAAAAGAAAUGCGAAACCUGAAAAGACAAGGAAAAAUAAAUCAAAAUAUCAAAGAACCUCAGACUGACGAUAAGGCGAAACUAAAGAAACAUAUAAAAAAACUAGAAGACUCGCGUUCUACACCUCAAAUUAAUGUGAAAGAUAAUGAAAUAGAUGCGUUCAACGAUUUCGUUGGUACAGCAGCAAAGCCUGGUUCUAACAUUCGUUUACGAUCAAUUAAAAAAAUUGCUGAACAGGCACAGGAUCAUCGAAAAAAUCUAAUAACAAAUAAACGUAAAGAGAAAGCAAAAAAAAUUCGCCAAAUUCAUUUGGCUGAGCGAAACGAGGUUCAAAAACCAAAACAAGGAAAAAAAGAAGAGCACGACGAUUUAGAAUAUCUGGUGAAAAAAUAUAAACGAAUGAUAGACAGUCAAGCUAAUGUGGGAAGUAUCAGAGAAUAUCAAGAGAAAACUCAACAAGACGUACCAAAAAGGACGAAAUGGUAUUCAGAAUAGUAUGUAGGCGUUGAGCGGUGUAAUAUGAGCACGACUAUAAAAGGGUCAUAUUUUAAGACAGGUAUGCACUACAGUCACCCGAAUCAACCACGUAUCAGUUACACAAAUAAAAAGCAUUCACCUAGUGCCUCGCUAAUAGGAGCACGAGAUUGGUUUGAUCUUAUGAUGGCUCGAGAAAGGUUGAAAUUACCACAAGGUUCAAAACUUCGAUAUACAGAGUGGCGGAUUUUUACAGGUGAUCCAAAAUUGUUUUACGUUGAUGGAUUCCGCUACGAUAAAAUACUUGCGUUCAUGGGAGAGGAGUCAAACUAUUGGAUGUUCUAUGAAAAUGUACAACGUACUCGACGCAUUGAAGGCAGUGGCCGACUGCCAUUGACAUAUUGUUCAUGCUGUUUAUUUAGCCAAUAUAUGGCGGUGUUAGAUACAAUAAAGAAUUGUUUAUCUAGAAAACGAUAAAAUAUAAUUAAAGUAGUUAUAGAGUAAUAAAAGGAAUUGUGACUGUUAAUUAAUUAUUGAUUUCUAUUUUUCCCAUAUAUGUCAUAUUCGCAUGAAUUUUGAUUAACAAUCAAAUAUGCAUUAAACUGAGAAUUCACUAUUUA